CCUGCACCAAACCGCCAAGAUCGUUGAACGUUACUGCACAGUGCAACAGAAUGUGAUUGCAUUGUGUAGAAUGGAGCGCACGGCUCAACAAGUCAAACGGGAUCCACGGGAGAAGUCGUCCCCUAUUCGCUCCGGUGGCCGGUGAUAAAGCGCCGCUUGUGUCGUGGACGGCGUGGCUUUGUGAACGUUUCAAGAGCGCUGUCAUUUUAACCCACGUUUCAUAUUUUUAAGAUCCGUCAUGGAGGAUCAGGACCCUAUUGAAAGGGAGCCCACGGAGCGGUCCAAAGACGACACCGUCCCGGCGGAAAACGGAGUUGUGCUGGUUGUCAAUCACGGCCGCGUCCGGCCGCCUCUCAGCGUGCUGCUCGCCACCGCUCUGUACUGCGCAGAGUUCGUCAGUGCGUCUGUGCUGUGCAGCAUGUACCACAAGUCCGGCGACAACAUCUGGAUGGGCUUUACCAUCACUUUCAUGCUGGUCCCGGCCGUGUUGAUUCAGCUGGCGUUGACGUUCUUUCACAGAGAAUUGGGGAGAGACCGACCUCUGGUCCUGUUCUUGCACCUACUCCUCCUGGGCCCACUUAUUAGGUGUCUUGAAGCACUGGUCAUCUAUUUCAAAGCAGGUAAAGAGGAGGAGUCUUACGUCACCAUUGCCAGGAAGAUGAAUCUGAAGAAGGGAGAGGGUAUGCCCAUGGAGUGGGAGAUCGGCCACUCGGAGCGCAAGCUGGCUGCCCACAGGAACGCCUUUAAACGCACCGCGGUCAUCCAGGCCUUUCUGGGCUCCACCCCUCAGCUCACGCUACAACUGUAUGCCACAAUCCAGGAGAAAUACUUCCUCAAAGCCAGAUUAAUUCUGAUGCUCAUCACACUAAUCUCCAUCACGUACGGGGCUCUGGUGUGCAGCGUUCUGGCCAUCCAGAUCAGAUAUGAUGACUACAAGGUGCGGGUACGUCCUGCAGCCUACCUCUGCAUGAUCGUGUGGAGAGGGCUGGAGAUCGCCACCCGGAUCAUCUCCCUUGUCCUCUUCAGCACCGCACUAACCUACUGGGUGAUUCCUGUUGGUCUGGGUAACUUGCUCUUCUUCUUCUUCUUGCCCUGGGCUACUUUCUGGGCGAGGAAGGGCUCGCUGCCAGAGAAUGUUGAGAAGAAUUUCUCUAAGCUGGGAACCACUGUGGUGUUGUGCAUGUUUACUUUGCUCUAUGCCUGCAUCAAUGUCUUCUGCUGGUCAGCGGUGCAGCUGGACCUGGCCCACCGAGAACUCAUAGAGAAGAAGCAGCGCUGGGGCCAAUUGGCUGCCUACUACUGUGGCCGCUUCAUUGAAAACGUCCUCCUCAUCUCGCUAUGGUACUUCUACAAGUCAGACUUCUAUGAGUACGUGUGUGCCCCGCUGCUGGUUGUCCAGCUGCUGAUCUGCUACAGUCUGGCUGUGUUAUUUAUGCUUCUCUUCUACCAGUUCUGCCAUCCCUGCAGACGCCUCUUCAAGUACAAUGUCCAUGACUGCUUGCACUGUGUCUGCUGUCAUAAGGACAGUGGAGGAGAAAGGAGGCAAAGGGGGGAGCCUCCCCACUCCUACUCCACCGCUGCCACCAUGGUGCUGGUGCCAGAGGAGCCACUGGAACUCCUUGGACCCCAAAAUACGCAACCUCCUGACAUCACCAGUCAACUGGGUGAGCGGGAGACGGCCAUUGUCGAUGACACCAUGGAUGCUGCCUGAGGAGGACUUGGUGGAGAUUUAGCAAUUUCCAUAAUGCCUUAUGAAUUCAGAAGUUCACUGCUGAGCAAAAUGCACAUUAGGGAGAGAUGAGACAGUGGUGCUUACGCUGCACUUUAGAGGACAAGUGUGCUACUCAGUGAGGUCUCAGCUGGUUUAACACAGAAAUUAUAAUUCAUGGUGCGUUAUUAGAAGAAUAAAGAUGCAUGCAGAGCGGAGCCUUUACUUGAGUAAGCUAAGCCAUGUGUUGGAUAAUACUCUUUAUCGUUUGUUCUCAGGUGUAUGAAACUUUCCUCAUUCAUGGUUUUGACAGAGGGAAAGGGUAACUCAUGAUGUCUUGAUUGAAGGUAUUGGGCACCAUCGGGGCUCAGUAUAACAAAGAAUGUAGGGUGUUGAGAUAUGCAGUAAUAUACAAAGACUGCCUUGAGAGAGCAGCAUCAGGCCAGACAGAGUGAAGCAGGUGUGUGGGAGAUGUGCCAAGGUUCUCCGGCUGCAGAAACCGACUGGGACAUCCCCAGUGUACUUUGUGCACCUUGAUGACUGUGCUGCAAAUGUAUUCACACUAUGAAACCCCGGGAUGCAACAGGCGGAGAGGAAAAGGUCAGAUAAAGUUUACCCUCCUUUUAUUCAGUUUCACCCACAGCACUGUGUGAUGAAUGCCUUGUAUUAUUCACUGUCACUUCAGGUUGCCUUGAUUUGAUUUGCAAUUUUGCCUUCGCAGAAAUGCAUAAAGUGGUCAAAAGUGAAUGAAAAUCAUCUGCUGAAAAACUUGCCGAGAGGAGACUCAAAAAACUGCGACUAUCACAAAAGUGUCUUUUUUGUGGGGGGGGGGGUAUGCA